AUGCCUCAUAAGCAUAAAAGGCGCCGGAAGGAUAACGACGAACAAUACGACCUACCGCCUAGCAAAAUUGCGAAAGCGCUUCCAACGAGGUCAGAUAAUAAGGACAAGAAAGGCCUCCAACCCGAAAAUGGCAAGCGAAAGAAGAAGCCGCAUCAUGGGGAUGAUUUCGGCGACGAUACCCCCCGGGAGUUUGCACGGAUGAUGCGACGAUUCCAACAGUCGACGAAGAACGGCGACACCGGAAGUUUAGACAAUGCUUCCUCCGCCCACGAGAAAAAUACUAAAAAGCGGAAGAGGCAAGGGGAACCCGCUACGGAGCCGCGAAAGCAGAACAAACCGCCCCAAUCACAAAACGACGGUGUUUCGUCAAAAGGCGACGGCGCUUCAAAUAUCCCAAAAAUCCUUCCUGGCGAAAGACUAUCCGAGUACGCCGUUCGCGUGGACCAGGCUUUGCCCCUCUCUGGUGUGACUCGCAAGGCGGGUAAAACCGGUACCUCCAAGAUGGACGCGGAGAUUCGUAGUCUACGCGAACAUCGGCAGACGAAGCAUGAAAAACGGCUCUUACGGCUACAAUCCCAAUGGCGCGAGGAGGAAGCAAGGAUACAGGAGAAGGAAGAGGCUGAGAGAGAAGAAAAGGAGGCUGAGAAUGAAGAGGUAGAAGAGACGUGGAGACAGUGGGAAACUGAAGCGGGCAAGGGAAAGAAAAAGAAGAAAGGGGGUAAAAAGAAGAAAAAGAAGGGCGUUUCUGCAGCAGAUGAGUUUGGCGACUCUGGAGGUUCUGAUAGUGAGGGCGACCCGUGGGCGAAAUUAAACAAAAAGAAACGUGUCGUGCAAUCGAGCAAUCCGUUUGAUGUGGUUCAAGCGCCACCGGAGAAGUUGACGAAGGUUAGAGAGAUCUUCAAGGUGCACGGGGUGGGCGGAGCAAAGGUGGACGUUGCAAACGUUCCGGCUGCAGCUGGAAGUCUGAGACGGAGAGAGGAGUUAGCGAGCCACAGACAGAGUAUCGUUGAGGAAUACAGGAGGAUCAUGGCCGAAAAAAGAGCGCAAUAA